GCCGGGGACUCCCGGUUAAUGAUGGCGGCUAGGUCUUCAAGUCCUCAACCGGACAAGGCUCCCUCUAGUGUUGUUUUUCUUUAUGACAGCCGGCUUCUCGUCUCAAUGCACGUGCGUCAGUAUUCUCAUUUUACCGCCAUUCAUUUCCUGGAAUUCCAACCCAUCGUACGUAUCCCUGCGCCGUAUUGGAGAAGCUAGACCCGACAUGUGUGAUAAAUUACACUCAAAAACCUUCGUUGUCGGUUUUCUCGCCAGAACUAAAUAGAAAGGGCGAUUUAUGACGUAUCUGAAUCAAUACGUCGCGUGGACAUUUAACGCUUGGUGGCCUGUUCGAUUAUUUUGGCGCGGUUUUUGGUCGCGCAGGGAUACCGGCGAGUCGCGUUGAUGAAUUAGGACUGCGCCUCCCUCAGCCACGCCCACUCAGAGAAGUAGUAGCCGGCUUGUAAGGACUUUCUAACCACGCCGCCUCAUUCCCGGUCUCUGCAAGUUGUCGUGUGCCUUUCCUUCCCUUGGACUUUUACACGGACAUUUUGUUGAACCUCCACGCUCUCCGUCCGUUUGAAAGAGCCGGGAGACCAUGUAUAUUUUGGAAAGAGGCAUGGAGUGCUUGCCACAAGUCUUGUCCUACUUGGAUGAUGAGUUCUGCCAAAGUUUGAAGGAUCUCCAUUCGCUGCCCGCGCCACCCGUGAAGGCAGACUUCUCUAAGGGUGAUCAGCUGAGCUUCGUCUCAGACAUGCUCCUGGAGGACCACGACAUGCAGCUCAACUGGAACUGCGCCCUCUUCCGCUCGGAUGAUGAUGAUGAUGAUGAUGGCGGCGGCGGGGGGCAUCCGGAUUCCCCCAUCAUGGAGAGCGGCGAGGAUGGCCUGUGGCGAUGCCUGCCGUCUGACAAAAGCCUGGAGGAAAUGCUGUCGGACAUGGACACAAGCAUCUUUGAGGGGCUGGUCGGCUCCCCGCUGGACUGCCACAACCUGAUGGAGAGCCAGGAGACGGGCGAGGCCACGUCUGACUACUGUUCCAAUGGAGGAGAUGUGUCCGCGUACACAUCCAGCGACUCCGAGGAAGAGAUCGACGUGGUGACGGUGGGACGCUGCCCCUCCAGACAGCAGCAGGAAGAGGAGGAGCGGCAGCGUCGUGCUCUCCAGCGCCGCCUCCACUUUGACAUCCAGCUGCAGCACAACUACGCCGCACCCCCUCCGGCUUCCCCGCCGCCACCUUCGUCCAACAGGCACUCCCGCCGCCAUUACGAGCACCACUCGGCGGAAACGGAGGACGAGGAGGAGCGGCGUCGGACUCACAACGUGAUGGAACGGCAGCGGCGCAACGAGCUCAAGAACUGUUUUGUGCGCCUUCGCGACAACGUACCCGAGUUGUCCCGCAACGACAAGGCCUCCAAGGUGGUGAUCUUGAAGAAGGCCAGAGACUGCAUCCACGGUCUGGAGAACAACAACUACCGGCUGCAGGCCAAGCGGGACAAACUGCGAGCCAAGCAGGAGGAGCUCAAAGCGCGACUGCGGCACCUGCGCUCGCCGGUUCGCUCCUGAAAAGGGACCUGGACAGUUUUUACUAUGCCGUAUGACACGAGGACUGUUUACAUGGACAAGAGACAUGUUUGAAUUCUUGUCGUUCAGGUCUUGAAAUGUUGGCGAAACAUUUUCCGUAAUAGCUACCCAACAUCCAAGCUCGCAACAUUCGGACGUGUGAACAGAUUGCCGUGUUAGGUUAAAAAAAUUGUUGGCAAUACUACUGCAGGUCAGAAUUGUUUGUUUUGUUUUUUUUUUUGUUCUCCUCCCCAGAGAAAGGUCUCAACGUUGGGGAGAGGUUUUCGUACCCCCCGUAAAGAGUACUAGAUCUCGUCCCAGAUACAGAAGGGUUAUUCGUCCCAAGAGAGAGAAGGUUUCUUGUCUUGAGAGAAUAGCACAUAACCCCCAAUGAGGUGGGUACUUCUCCUGAGGGAAGGGUCUCAUUGCGAGAACGUUUCCAGUUCUAACAGAGGUUUCUUGUCCAGAGGAAAGGUUUCUCAUCUCAAGAAAGACAAAGGUUCCACAUCCCGAGAUAAGUGGGUACUCGUCAAGGGGGAAGGUUCUCCUCUUGAGAAGGUUUCUUUUCCUCCCGUCCAAAGGUUACUCCGAUGCCAAAAUUGGUUUCCUGUUCCUCAUCCAGAGGAAAAGUUCUCAUUGCGAGAAGAUUUCUAGUCCAGGAAGAGAGUUUCUCAUCCAAAGAGAGAGAAGUGUUCACCGUCCCAGAAGAGGGAAAAGUCUCAUCUCCAUUGAUAGAAAGAGAGGUUCCUUGUUCCAAGAGAGCCGAGUACUAGUCCCGAGGAGAAGGUUCUUGUUGAUUUCUAGUCCUGAGCAGGGUUUCUGUCUCCCCAUGGGAAAAAGAGGUUGCUUGACCCCGCCCCCUCCGAGAAAGAAGGGUUCUCAUUGCAAGACUAUUUCUUGGCCAGAGAGAGCGUUUCUCAUCUCCAGAGAAAGUGUGUGAGAGGUGUGUGUUUUUUUUUUAACAGAGCCGAAUACUAGUCCAGAGGUGAGGUUCUUGUCGAGAUUUCGAGCCCAAGGAGAGCAUUGUGCCUGUCUCCCUUCGGGAGAAGUGUUUCUGGUCACCAGAUCAGGUUCCAGACCCAGACAGAAUAGUCUAGUCCAGGGAGGUUUCUCAGCAAGAGCGUUCCCCCCUCCCUCCCUCAGAGUAGGGUUCGAGGCAAUUCAGUCAAAAGACAGCAAUAGAAAAGCUGAGACACGCUUUGGGAAAUAAUGGUGAAGGAAGGCUACAAUAGGAAAAAAAAAAUGGCCAAAUAACUUGCAAUCGAUAUUCAAGAUCCAAAGAGUCUUACGGAUUAUAACUAGUAGCAUCUAUUCAGGAUGGCUUGUGGCCAUAGCAACCAAUGAUUUUUUUUUAUCUUUUUAAACCGUUUCAAGGCGUUCUUUAUCAUUGGCGUUUCGGUUCAAGUGUGCUUCAAGCUCAAAGGUGGCCAUAAUGAAUUUGAUUCACACAGGGAGGCUCCCCGUGGUGCCCAAGUUGCUGUUUUUCCUGUUCAAAAGGAUUGUUUGUUCCCAAAGCAAAUGUGAGGGGGGCAAUUAUCGGAGGACCACAGACGGCUGUACUUUUUUAUUUAAAGAAGACAUAUCGUGCGGUCUUCCGCACAGUUGAAAGCAGGUCCGUAGCGUGUUAGCAUACGAGUAGCAUGCAGACAGCACAAUUUACACCCAAUUUUGUUCUUGUGUCCAGCCGUCAUCCUUGUGUCUUAAUUUUCUUCAUGUGCUCGUCUUCUUGAAAUAAAUGUUUUAUAAGAUA